AUGGAGGACAUGAGUCAAUUACCUCACCCUGGAGGCAGCCCAGUGGGUCAGGAAACCGUCCUUCCCCCACCAAUAGAAGGGGAAGAAAUCGCAGCACCUGGGUCUUGGGCGGUCCACAUACGCAACCUACCUUUCGGCAUCGCCAGAAAUGAUAACCGUCUGAAAGGCCCAUACUUAGGCAGACUACAAGUAGUCCCGAGGGAGAGCCGGCGUGAACCUUAUCUUCGAGCAGGCCGCCAGUGGACUGCUCUGCGAUUUCAAGAACAGAUUAAUAUCUCCUUAGCUCAUGCGGAAGCGGCGUUGAUGCAAGUUGUGGGCCGGGACAACCGCUGCCACUACAGACAGAGCUUUCAAACUACUAGAUAUCAGCAUGCUCUAACCACUACCGAAACUCAUCACGCUAGCAUCGUCCGUGCCAAUUCCCAAAAUUCCCAAACGCCCACCCCUCAGACGGACACCAAUGCAACUGGUCAGAGUUCAGGCCAGCGUGCAGUUCUCCUGCAACUCGGCAACAUAGCUCAGAUCUUGGAUUCCAGCCGGGGCUUUCGCGCCCAGCUGGAGGAACUGCUCGACCAAACUCACUCUGUCCAAACCCCAAGCAUCGCGGAUCUGUUACUACAGAGGACUGUCGAUAACAUCUACAACACUCACUGUGAGCCGGACCAGCACCUCCGACAGAGCUACGACAUGGUUAUGGACAUUCUGAAUCCUCCUGCAAGAGAUUAA